AUGGUGUCGCAAACGAUCGUCGCAACACCCCAACAUCCCGGACGGAGCGAGCGCGGCUCCGAGAGCGACAGCUCACUGGAUGAGAUUGCGGAGCAGAAGCAGAAGCUGUUUGUCACCGCGCUGGGCAAGCAUGGCAAAGAUCUCGACAAUUCAGCCUCCCCCAAGCGGUGGAAGACCUUCUGGUCCUCCUUCCGCUACCUAGCCAACCUGACCCCGAAACAAGUGGACGACUUUAUGGCGUCAUACGUUAUCUACAACCUUGAUUGGUCCGACGAGAAGCAGAUGACAGAAGAACUGGGCCCCAAUUACCAAGAAAAAGUUGGCGAUUGCUUGAAAUCUUACUAUGGAGUUCUCAAUCACCUUUGCGCAUUGGGAGACGUGGAGAAAAUGUAUAUCCCGCCGUGGAUGAGUCGCAAAGCCACCGUCCUGGAGAACCAAAUUCUAUAUGAACGAUCAAUUGCGCAGGACAUUGGUCUUUCAGCGGGCGACAAGGUGCUCGAUCUCGGCUGUGGCCGUGGACGCGUCGCCGCGCACAUGGCGCAGCAUACCGGAGCUCAUGUCACCGGGUUGAACAUUGACCCCAACCAGAUCGCCCAAGCCAAGACGUUCAAUCAAGAGCGCGGGCUCCAGAACAACUUCGUCGUUCAGGACUUCAACAGCCUCCCGCUACCCUUCGCCGACCAAAGCUUCGACGCCUUCUACCAGAUUCAAGCCCUCAGUCUCUGCAAGGACCUGCCCGCCCUCUUCCGUGAAAUUUUCCGCGUCCUCAAGCCUGGUUCCAAGAUCUCCCUUCUUGACUGGAUCAGCCUUCCCGCCUACGAACCCAAGGAUCCGGAGCACGCCGAGCUUAUGCGGCGCGUCAAGCCUUUGAUCGGAGCCGUCGGCACCCCCACCCAGGAGAGCCUGGAGACAGCGCUAGUCGAAUCCGGGUUCGAGAUCGUGCGCUCUGAGAACGCUAGUAUCGACGGGCUACAGGCUCCGCUCAUCGACACUGUCGACCUAUACUUCCGCACCUUGCGCCAAGUCAUCCUCGCCCUGGUUAAAGUCCACGUUCUUCCUCGUCACUUCAAGACCCUGAUCAACCGUCUGUGUUUGGACGGUCAGGCUUUUGUUAAGAUGGAUAACAUGCGCCUGGCUACUACAAGCUAUAGCAUCAUCGCACAGAAGCCCCGAGCUUGA